ACCGAUUCCAUUCCCCAUCGCCCUCCUCCCACUGGUCCCAUCCCUGCCUUUGCUGUUGCUGCUCAUGGGGGCACAGGUUUGGGGUCUUGGGUCCCCCCUGACCUCCUUCCCGCUCUGACCCCCCAGGAGGGGACGAAGAGGAGCAAGGAGGAAGCCAGACCUGUUCCAGCCAUCAUGGCCCCGCCGCCGCCCCCGCCCCGGCCUCCGGGCCCCCGGGUCCUGGACUUGUACCAGCACCUGGAACGCUGGGGCCACAGCCCCGAAAGCUGCCCUCACGUCCGAGUGACCAGCGGCUGCUGCCGGGGACCUCUGGUGAAGGUGGGGGGCCGCAUCAAGACCUGGAGGAAGCGGUGGUUCUGCUUCGACCGCCACGCUCGCCGCCUGGCCUACUACGCUGACAAAGAGGAGACCAAACUGAAGGGAGUCAUCUACUUCCAAGCCAUAGAAGAGGUGUAUUACGACCACCUGCGGUGCGCCUUCAAGAGCCCCAGCCCCCGCCUGACGUUCUGCGUCAAGACCUACGAGCGCCUCUUCUACAUGGUGGCCCCCAGCCCGGAGGCCAUGCGCAUCUGGAUCGAUGUCAUCGUGACCGCCGCAGAUGAGAACCACGCCCCCUGACCCGCCGGCUCCGCCUCCCCAGGAGCCCCCGCCCACUGCCUCCUAGUAACGCGGCCCAGGCCUGGCUCGGCCCUCAGUUUCCCCUUCUGUAAAACGAGGCUGGACAGGCUCGGUCCUUCCGGCUCGUCCCGGAUGCUAUGAAUCCGCCCCCAGCGUUUACAGCUCGGGCCUUCUAGUCUCCGAGUUCCCCGGGAGGCCCCGCCCUCGCCGAACGUUCUUACCCUCAGUGUUCUAUUGCUUGUAACUUUCCCGGGAGGCCCCGCCCUCUCUCGAGUAUUAGUACCCCCGGUGUCCUAUUGCUUGUAACUUUCCCGGGAAGCCCCGCCCUCUCUCGAGUAUUAGUACCCCCGGUGUUCUAUUGCUUGUAACUUUCCCGGGAGGCCCCGCCCUCUCUCGAGUAUUAGUACCCCCGGUGUUCUAUUGCUUGUAACUUUCCCGGGAGGCCCCGCCCUCUCUCGAGUAUUAGUACCCCCGGUGUUCUAUUGCUUGUAACUUUCCCGGGAGGCCCCGCCCUCUCUCGAGUAUUAGUACCCCCGGUGUUCUAUUGCUUGUAACUUUCCCGGGAGGCCCCGCCCUCUCUCGAGUAUUAGUACCCCCGGUGUUCUAUUGCUUGUAACUUUCCCGGGAGGCCCCGCCCUCUCUCGAGUAUUAGUACCCCCGGUGUUCUAUUGCUUGUAACUUUCCCGGGAGGCCCCGCCCUCUCCGAACGUUCUUACCCUCA